AUGGCGGUGUCACUGCCGGCAUUCGCGGUGCGUCGAGGCGAGCUGGUGCUGGUGGUGCCAUCGGCGCCGACGCCGCGGGAGGUGAAGCCGCUGUCAGACAUCGACGACGCGGAGGGACUCCGGAGGUUGCAAAUUGCAACUUGUGGGCCCCCAGCAGCCUUGGCCCUAGGACAUCGACGACGCGGAGGGACGCCGGGCUGCAUGCAGUUACAGAAGGCCGUCGGCGAGCUUGCGCGGGGCGCCGACGUGCCGACGCUGACGCCAUGGGGCAGGGAGAUCUUCAUGGCGCGGCAGCACCGGCAGCCGUCGUAUCCUACCCGCACCUCGAAUACCACCGGGAGCCGGCGGGGGGCCGACCGGAUGCUGUCGACCCAUCGGGCCCGGGGCGAAACUUAA